GACGAUACAGAACAGCAGCGGUGUUUUCCAGUGGCAUCAAAAUCGUGGAGUUAGAAAUCAUGGCGCUGCCAUUUCUACCUGGGAAUUCGUUCAACGAUCCUACAAAAGGAAAAUAUCACAGAUCACAUAGCCUCGGUUACAGAAACGGCUAUGCUCUGCCGACCAGACCAGAAGUUGGUAUCGGCGGGACUCCACUUCCUGUCAACCAGCUCAGUGAAUCUGAACUUGAUGAACUAGCAAACCUAAAACCUUCUCUGACUUACGGGCAAGCGAAGCAAGCACCACCAGAGGAUUUCAUUCCAGCUCAUGUUGCAUUUGAUAAGAAGGUUCUUAAAUUCCAUGCAUAUUUCAAGCAGACUGUGCAUGAAUCUGCAAAUGAACAUUACCGCAUCCGUCCAGUCAAUAUCUUCUACUAUCUGGAAGAUGACAGCAUAUCCGUUGUGGAACCACACGUUGAAAACAGUGGUAUGCCACAAGGUAAACUAAUCAAGCGCCAACGUUUGCCCAAGAAUGAUCAAGGUGAUCACUGGCACUGGAAAGACUUCAAUCUGGGAAUAAAUGUCACCUUUUAUGGAAAAAUAUUCCGGGUUAUAGAUUGUGACCAGUUUUCAAAGCAAUUCAUGGCAAGUGAAGGUAUUGAUCUGAAUGAACCAGAGCAAGUCUCUUCCGAUCCAUACAUAGAGACUCGUAAAGAAGCUGCAUCAUUGCGUACCUACACAACAAAGUCAUCCUUUGAUAAGCUCAAGCAGUUCAUAGAUCUAGACCGUAAAGUGUUACGAUUCUACUGCGUGUGGGAUGACCGUGAUAGCAUGUUUGGUGAAAUCCGUCCAUACACUCUCCAAUACUACCUAGUUGAUGACACAGUGGAGGUUCGUGAAGUGCAUGGACCUAAUGACGGCCGUGAUCCAUUCCCGCUUCUCUUACGUAGACAAAAACUGCCAAAGGAUAGAUACAAUGUAGAAUCUUCCUUCCCAUCUGUUGUCAUGGAAUUAUCAGACCACGAAAUCAAAGACUGGUAUACUCCACGAGAUUUAUCUCUUGGUUCAACAAUUUACAUCUUCAACCGACGUUUCCUCAUCUAUGACUGCGAUGAUUUCACCAAAGCAUAUCUAAACCAAAAAUACGGUAUGACUAAUUUCACUCCAAUUGACGUUAAGGGAGAGAAUCGCGCACCGACUAAAUCUGAUUUACCACCAUACAACGGGUUUGGUUCUUUGGAAGAUUCUUUACAGUCCUGUCUUUCACUCAUUCCGCAACCUCCUAAGAAAGAUUUUAUCAAGAUGCUGGAGAAUGAUCUGAAAGUACUGCGGUUUGCUGCAACAAUGGAUUCUGUACGGCCUGAAGAUAAAGGACGCAGAUUCAUCAUAAGUUAUCGCUUAGCAGAUGAUAUGAUGAUGAUAUACGAACCACCCGUCCGUAACUCUGGUAUCAUUGGGGGAAAAUUCUUGGAACGUACUAGAGUUACAAAGCCUGGGAGCGUUGCAGAAAAUCCAGAUUUCUAUGGUCCACAGGAUAUGUUCAUUGGAGCUCGUAUACAAGUGUUCAACCAUCGAUUCAUCAUCACUGAUGCCGAUGACUUUGUUCUGCAUUAUUUGGAAGCUCGUCCUAGUGACUUCCCUGGUAGUGAGAGGACAGCAGCAUCCAUCAGAGAACUGAAGAUGUCACAAGCUGGACAACCAGUCAGGACUCCAGUUAAAGGUGCUCCCCUUAGAGUACAGAGAGUACCUGGCGAUACGCAGAGACUAGUUGAAGAGGUACAAGCUCAGCUCCGUAAGAGUAACUAUCUUAAUCACAUUGAUUUGCGUACUGCCUUCCUCAAACAUGAUGGAGACAGAACUGGUAGAAUAGAUGCAGCCGGAUUGAAGGAAAUUUGUAAUAAGAACAACUUACCCAUCGAUGAUGAUAUUAUAGAUGCUCUUAUUGCAAAUUGUGAUUUGAACAACGAGGGCUUGAUAGAUUACGAAGGAUUUAUUAGAUGCCUCAGCUGGGCGUAGGUGGAUCAGUCAAAUGAAACCAUUGCACUCGUGAAAUGAAAAACCCAACAAUAACAAUAUCUUGUACAUACUAUAUUGAUUCUUUGAUCAGAAUAGACUGAUUUUAGUAAAAUAAAGUGUAUAUUAUGGAAAUGCUAUUUUAAACAAUUGUUUAAUUGUCCCUUCAUAAAGAGGUAGCAAAUGAUGGUAAUUUGUAAUGAGCAUUGUACUUACAGUCCAAAACUUUGUACAUAUUUGGAGGAUAUUCGUUCCCUUUAAGUAAACUUGGUUGAUAUAUACUGGGAAAGUGGGCAGGGCGGGGGGCAUUCAUUUUCCAGUUUUAGUUCAGAGGACGAUGAUAUGAUGGACAGAAUUUAAGCUGUUUCAUGAUAGAUUUAUGUUGUCUGUUUCAUGUUUUAAACUCGGCCGUUUUGCAUCAUUUCGUGCAAAAUAGGUUCUAAUCAACAUGCAAAAUUAGAUGUGUAGUAAUUUUUUAAGUUCAGUUUAUUGCAAUGUUAUUAUGUUAAUGUAUUUUGUUUUCAAUAAAGACAAAGUUACUGGAGAA